AUGUCCAGUAAAGAGGAAAAAUUUGAUAUGAUUGCUAACACUCAUUCGUCUGUGAGCAGUAACUUAUCACACAGGGAUUAUCAUAUCAGGAAUAAUUCUAAUGAUGAUUCAACAAAAAUUGGGUUUGAUAUACCAAUUGAUGCUGAUCUGGCUAAAAUUUCAUCAAUUUUCCAAUCUCAACACCAUGUUUAUAACUCUGAAGUCAAGAUAGGGUUCCAGCAUUAUGUUAUCAAAGGUUCCAAUUCACAAGUUUCACCUGUUAACGCUCUUAUAAACCCCGGUGAAAUGUGUUUAGUCAUGGCGGAUGAUUCUUCAACUACCUCAACGUUCCUAAAAUCUAUCAAUGGUGAUAAUGAGACAUCAAAUCAGUUUGAAAAUGUGAUUUUGAAAAAGCAUAACUUGAUCUAUAAUGAUGAAGUUGAUGUUCAUUUCCCUCAUUUAACGGUUGAUCAAACAAUUCAGUUUGCCAUUGAUUGUAAAUUCAAUGUUGAUACAGAAACAAAAAAUCAAAUAAAGUAUACGUUGAUCAACAUGUUUGGUUUAAGUCAUUGUUUGAACACCAUUGUUGGUAAUGAUUACAUACGUGGUAUCUCUGGUGGUGAGCGUAAAAGAAUAUCCAUUAUCGAGUCCUUGAUUGCAAAUGGUCUUGUUUAUUUAUGGGAUAAUUCAACAAAGGGAUUAGAUUCAUCAACUGCUUUGGAAUUUAUUGAAUCAUUGAAGAAAAUGACAACUUUGAAUCAUGUUACUCAUCUCAUUGGGAUCAACCAAGUUAGUGAAAAAAUGGUGAAUUUAUUCGAUAAAGUUUUGUUGUUUUAUCAAGAUAGACAAAUUUUCUUUGGAACGAUGACUGAACUUUUGUCCUUUUUGAAUGAAUUGGGAUUUCAGAAACAAUCAGAUCAAACGGAUAUUGAAUUUUUAAAUGAAUUUUUGGGAUCCAAUUUAAGAGUUGAUGAAAUUGAAGCAUUUUGGAAAUCGUCUAAAAACUAUACCCAACUAUUACAUCAAUUGUCAACGUCAGCAAAUAUAACAAAUAUUAAUACCCAGGAAAGACAAUCCACCUAUAAAAUUUCAUUGUUUAAACAACUCCAGUUUUGUCUCAGAAGAACCUUUCAAAGAAGUAAAGGUGAUAAAGCAUACCUUAUCGCACAAUCCAUCUCAACAGUGAUUCAAGCUUUAGUCAUUGGCUCCUUAUUUUAUGAUAUGCCUUUGGACACAAUUGGUUCGUUUUCAAGAGGUUCAAUCAUCUUUUUCUCACUAUUAUUCUUUGCCUUUGUGGCAUUAGCUGAAGUCCCAUCUUGCUUUAUUCAAAGACCAAUAGUUAACAAACAAAACAAAUUAUAUUUUUAUCACCCUUCAAUCGAAACUUUGUCCAAAAUUAUGAAUGAUGUUGUUUUCAAAUUUGCGUUGGAUUUGGUAUUCUCAUUGAUUCUAUACUUUUUAUCAGGUUUACAAAGAUCAGGUGCAAGAUUCUUUACAUUUUUAUUGUUCCUGUUUCUCUCCACUGAGAACAUGUCAUUGUUAUUUCAAGCUGUUGCUUACUUAUCACCAACUAUUGCCAUUGCGAAUGCUCUUGCUGGGUUAUUAAUGUUAUCUAUUGCAAUGUAUGCUUCUUAUGUCAUCUAUUUGAAUCAAAUGCAUCCAUGGUUCAAGUGGAUUGCUUAUAUUAAUCCAAUCAAAUAUGGAUUUGAGAGCAUGCUUUCAAAUGAGUUGUUCAAUGUUAAUUUGGAUUGCUCGAAAUCUAUUAUCCCUUCAGGUGGUUCAUAUGAUUCAGUUCCUGAUGAUUUUAAAGUUUGUGGUUGGCAAGGUGCUAAUCUUGGUCAAAAAUAUGUGGAAGGUAGAAAUUAUUUGCUUAAAACUUUCACGUAUAGUUAUGCUCAUACUUGGAGAAAUUUUGGUAUUUUGAUAGGAUUUAUUAUAUUUUUCCUAUUUGUUUGUUUAGUUGCUUCUGAGUUUUUAACAAUUAGAUAUAAUGUUAAGAGCAAUGCCAACUCUGAAACUAAGAAGCCAAUUGAUGACGAUGAAGAUGACUUAGAUUAUGAAGCAAUGGAGAAAACAGAAGCUUUGAAAUUUGAUACAAAUCUAACAUUAUCUUGGGAAAACGUUUGUUAUAAGGUUAAUGGUCUUGACUUAUUGAAUAAUGUGGAUGGUUAUGUUUCAAGUGGUGUAUUGACAGCACUUAUGGGAGAAUCUGGGGCUGGUAAAACAACAUUGCUGAAUGCUUUGAGUAAAAGAACAGAUUCUGGAGUUGUCACUGGUGAUAUCCUGAUCAACAAUUUACAAACAGAUGAUGAUUCAUUCAAGUCUAACACUGGGUAUGUUCAGCAACAAGAUUUACACCUUUUGGAGUUGACUGUCCAAGAGUCAUUAGAAUUCAGCUGCAAGCUUAGAGGUGAUGGUGAUCUAAAGUAUGUGGAUAGUGUUACCAAGAAGUUGAAGCUACCAGCAAAGAAACUAGUUAGGGAUUUAUCACCAAAAGAUCAAAAGAUGUUAUCAAUUGGUGUUGAGCUAGUUACAAAACCAAUUAUUUUAUUCUUGGAUGAACCUACUUCAGGGCUAGAGAAUGAUUCAGCAUUAGCAAUUCUCAAAAUCUUGAAAGAACUAUCUUCCUCUGGUCAAGCUAUUCUAUGUACAAUCCAUCAACCAUCAACAGCCAUGUUUAAGCAUUUUGAUAAGCUGUUAUUACUGAAGAAAGGUGGUGAGACUGUUUAUUUUGGAGAUUCAGAUGAAUGCUGUACAGAUUAUUUCUUCAAUAAUGGUGCUGAACCUAUUGGUGAGAAUGAAAAUCCUGCUGAAUACAUCUUGAAGGUUAUUGGUGCAGGUGCUAGUGCUACCACUGAUAGAGAUUGGUCAUUCAUUUGGAACCAGUCACCGGAAAUUCAAGCAUUGAAAAGAACCAUUGAGACAUCUAUAUUUGCUGAGAGAUCCUUAGAUGAAUUAUAUGUUCAGCAUGCCGGACCAGGAUAUUUCAAGCAAUUUGCGCUGGUUUUGAAAAGAACUUGGAGACAGUUUAUUAGAGAUCAUGUUUAUCUCACAGCUAAGUUAGGUUUGAUGAUUGUGGCCGGUCUGUAUAUUGGCUUUACAUUUUGGAAGACAAAGUCAUCUAUUUUAGGAGUUCAAAAUAUUAUGUUUGCAAUGUUUAUGAUUUUAGUGAUUUCUUCUCCUUUGAUUCAACAAAUUCAAGCCAAGUCAUUAGCCUCUAAAAAUGUUUUCAUUGCCAGGGAACAUAAAUCGAAUACGUUUCAUUGGUCUAUCUUGGUUCUGAGUGAAGUUAUUGUGGAAAUUCCAUUUGUGUUUCUAGGUUCAACUUUAUUGUUCUUGUGCUUUUAUUUUACAAUCGGUGUUAGUGCUACUCCAAGUAUUGCAGGUGUUUUCUAUUUGAACUAUUUGUUGUUCUCGUUGUACUAUUUAACUUUUGGAUUAUGGUUGAUUUAUUCUUGUUCUGAUUUAGAAACUGCUCAUGUUUUCGUUGCAUUUUUGUUUUCAUUUACUGUUUCAUUUUGUGGAGUUAUGCAACCUAAGGAAUUGAUGCCCAAAUUUUGGUUAUUUAUGUACAGGAUUUCACCAUACACUUAUUUUGUUGAGACUUUUGUCAGUUUGGUCAUGCAUGAUAAACCAAUUGUAUGCCAGUCAACUGAAUUAGCUUUAUUCCAUUCAUAUGGUGGUCAAAGUUGUGGUGAUUACAUGGCUGAUUAUAUUAAAGAAAAAGGUGGUUAUUUGUUACAUCCAGAAUCUAUGUUCAUUUGCUCAUAUUGUGUUUAUGAUUCAGGGAACCAAUAUUUAAAUCAACAAAAUUUCCACUAUGAACAUAUCUGGAGAAAUUUUGGUCUUUUAUGGGUAUACAUAGGGUUCAAUUUUGUUGCAAUGAUUAUUGGGUUUUAUCUGUUUAGUAUCAGAAAGAUUGAUUUUAGAAAUGAGUUCAAGAGAUUGGCUUCAAAGUGUGGGUCAAAGUGA